AUGUCUUCGCGGGACUCCAGCUCCUCUAGUGGAACAAAUAAGUUUGCAUUCGUGACAGGGAACAUUCAUUCAGAAGCUCGGAGCCAUGCUAUGAAGGAACACUGGAAGCGGCGACAUCAGCGCAAUAAAGAGGCAAAAGCAUAUCACCAGAGAAAUUCAUCGCGAAAUUUGCCUCUCCGUUCAAAGAACCGCGCUAGUGAAGAUGCGAGUACAUCUUCAGGGUUGCCAGAGGUUGGGGAUGUGGACAUUGGCAGGAAUCAAGAGGAAUCUACUAGCAUUUCCGCCCAGCUGCUAUGUGGUCUGAGUUCUGCGCUGUCAAUCUCGAGGCCUGACCCGUUCCAGACGUGUCCUGUUCACCUGACGAGCCAGCACCAAAAGCUUUUGCAUCACUGGAUAAGCACCCAUGCGGCUAUGAUGUUUGCAGACCUGAAUGUCACCGAGUUCAAUCCGAUGAAAGAUGUUUGGUUCCCGCUGGACCUCUCAAAUGAAUCGUCUUUCAACUGCAUCAUGGCGCAUUCAGCUGCGCACUUAUAUCAUUUAUACGCUGGAACUCCCCCGCGACGAGGGUCGAAAUCGUUUGAUGCCUUGAAAUAUAAGAUCGAGGCUGUCAGGAUACUACGCUUUUGGCUUAGUGAUCCUAAGAAGGAGCUAAGCGAUGACGCUUUUGCGGCUGUGGUUCGUCUGCUUACAUUCGAGCGAUACUGGGGCACGGUGGAAGAUUGGAAAAUCCACCGUGAUGGCUUACAAAGAAUGAUCGAUGCCAAAGGGGGAGUUGAAGCGCUCCACAGAAAUUGGCGCUUGCAACUUGUGGUUUACCUGUUAGUGCAGAUGGUCAAAAGUAUAAAGAAGUUGCGAUACUGA